UAUUAUCAUAAGGAGAUGUUUACUUGGAAUACGGAGAAGGAAUGGAGGGAAAAGGAGAGGCAGAGGAGGUCUGAGAGGGAGGGAGGAAGAGGAUAUGCAACCAGUAAAGGCUACUGGACGGACCCCUAUGUCCAGUAUUUUGUGAGGUCGGUAGGGGAACGAAAAGCUCCAGAAAUUAACCGAGGUUACUAUGCCCGCGUGCAGGGAAUGAACCACCUCCUGGAUGCCUUCCUCAGGAAAACAAAGUGUGACUGUCAGAUAGUGAACCUGGGGGCAGGGCUGGACACCACUUUCUGGAGGCUAAAGGAUGAAAACCUCAUGCCUAGAAAAUACUUUGAAGUUGACUUUCCAAUGAUUGCUGCCAGGAAAAUACACAACAUAAAGACAAAACCACCACUGUCAAAACCUCUCAUUGAGACCCACUCCACAGACUCACUAUUACUAGAUGGCCACAGCCUAGACUCAGACAGGUACUGCAUCAUCGGUGCUGACCUCAGGGACAUCCCAGGCCUAGAUGACAAACUGAAGAAGUUCCACCUCAACCCAGAGUUGCCUACGUUGUUCCUGUCAGAGUGUGUGCUGGUCUACAUGACUCCAGAUCAGUCAUCCAAGCUGGUGAACUGGGCCUCAGUCACCUUCCACACAGCCAUGUUUGUCAACUAUGAGCAGGUGAACAUGCUGGAUCGUUUUGGCCAGGUGAUGAUUGAGAAUCUUCAGCGUCGUCAGUGUAAUCUGGCUGGAGUGGAGGUGUGUCAGUCACUGGAAACGCAGAAGGAGCGCUUCCUAAAGACGGGCUGGGAGAAUGCAGAUGCUCUGGACAUGAUGACUGUGUACAGUGUUAUACCUCAGGACGACGUGGCAAGAAUAGAGCGUCUGGAAUUUCUGGAUGAGAAGGAACUUCUGCAGCAGCUCCUCCAACAUUACAGUAUCUGCUGGGCCACCAAGGACAAGCUCAAGCUAGGACUCUCACAAGUUGCUUUCUGAACCUGGACUGUGGACCGACUGUCUUAAGCCUGUUUCUCUGUGAUCAACACCACCAUGUAAGGAAGAAGGAACCCGUUAACAUCAGACUCCAGUCCUGUCUGUCUUUGCUUCAAAUAAAGUCUGGGAAACUUCUGGCAUCAGCAGAAUUCUACUUAAUGUGUUUCCUUUGCAUCCCAUAAGUGCACCCACGGCCUCCCAGCAUGUUUUUGGGAAAGAAAAUAGAAGUUUGUGCUGGAAGUGUGAUAUGAAUGACAAGACUUUGGAAAGGGCAGUAUCCCUAGACUUCAUUUCAUUGUUUCUAAUGUACCUUCAGACCACAUUGAGAAGGUUUGCUGGAUGUUGGAGAAAGUACAAGCCAGGUACGUACCGGUCAAGUUUUUAAUGUGCCAUUGUGUAUGUAUUAUUAAAACUCUAAAAAUGUAUUGCCAAGACCGAUAGUGUCUUACGAAUAGAAAUGUAAAGUUAAUACAUUGAAUGCACUUAAAGAUUUAUUUGAUUCAAUUAGGAAAUUGCUGGAUUUAAGGUAGCAAUAGAUACAUUUGCAUGUAACAAGGAUUCUAGUCAAAGAAAUAGGAGUGGCAUUUUCAAUCAGAGCAAACUCAUUUCAAGUUCUUGCAGGUGAUACAACAGUACCAAUGACACGACAAUGCAGGUCUAGAGGUUGAAUAAAGCUGUUAAUAUUUGUGUUUGAAAACCUGACCUCCAUUUCAUUACCUAUGGUCAACAGACUGCAUUAGAUGCCAUGAAAGUCGAUGUCAUUUCCACAUUGAAUAGUUUGUCACCCUCUGAGACCCUUAUGUCCUUCUGGUCAGAUCCUGUGUUUUACAGAGAAACAUUAACCCAAUAUGACCUUGUGUACAGUGUGGUAUGGAUACAGAUAGCAGCACUAGAGCACUGAAGACAGUGAUAGAAGAGAGAUGUUUAUAACACAUAUACAGUGUCUAGUUAGUCUUCACACCCCUUGCACAGUCUUCACAUUUUGCUGCCUUAAAACUUAACCCCAAAAAUUUAUUAAAUUACUUUUUUCCCUACCUAUGUACUCAACCCUACAAAUUAUAGAACAUUUUCCAAAUGACUUGUAAAUAAAUAAAAAGUAGUGUGACAUACAGUGGGGUUUGAACAUUUGUACACCCUUCAUAGAGAUGAGCAAUAAUCACUGCAUCAAAUAUUUCAAAUAUUGAGCUUUAUUGAAUGCUCAUAAUAUUGGGGAAUUGUUUUAUACUAAUAUAAUUGCUCAGAGAAAGAGAUUUUGUUUAACGAGUUAUAUCUUUUUUUCCUCAGGUAGGGGGUUCAAAAUGAUUGACACCCCUAAAGAGUCUUAUAAAGUAGUUAUAGUUCAGUAUUUGGUCCCAUAUUCCUAUCACACAACGACUACAAGUUUGUGACUCUAUAAACUUGGAUGCAUUUGCAGUUAGUUAUGGUUUUUCAUCUUUCAACAUUUAUUAAAAAAAUAUAUUACUUGAGCAAUUGUAUUAAUAUUACAUCAUAUAAUUUCACAAAUUUGUUAUCAUACAAUAUCUCAGUAUUUGAAUUAUUUAUUUUAUUGAGUGAUUAUUGCUCAUCUUUAUCAAGGGUGUUAAUAAUUUCGAACCCCACUAUAUUCAUUGUUUUUGUCAAAAUUGCUCAAGCUCAGCAAAUUUUGUUGGUCAUUGAAGGACAGCAAUAUUAAAAUCUUGUCUUUGAUUCGCACACCGAUUUAUGUCAGGACAGAGACUGGAACAUUCAGGAACACCACCUAUUGGAAAGCCAUCUGGUGUGUCUUUGGCAUUCAACUUUGUGUAAUUGUCCUGCAAAAAUAAAUUCAGGAGGCAUGGUUUCUUUAAA